AUGAAUAAUGUAGUGGAGAUGCUUCAGCAUAAUCACAUAAAGGAGCUUUAUGGCUUUACAGCCUGUUUGCUUUAUCAUUUGUACAAUGACUUUUCCUUAGCAAUAUGUUCUUGUCAGUCUAGUCUACAGCAAAUAUCUAUAGGUCCAACAGACUUAUAUCUCCAGUGCCGUAGUGGUGGUGGUUAUGGCAACAAUAUUGGUGGUGAUGGCUUUGGGAGUGGAGGAAAUUAUGGCAAUGGCGGUUUUGCCAAUGGUUCCUACGGAGGAAAUGUCAGCUCUGCCAGUGGUGGAUUUGAUGGAAAUAGUGGUAUUGUUGAUGGAUUUGGUGGAAGCUCUGGUUUGGGAUAUGGAGGGGAUAAGCAGUUUGGGGCAAAGGAAGCCGGAGAUACGAACUCUGGUGAACCUUUGGAUGGAAAUUACAAUGACGACUUUGAUGAUACUGGGGACUUUGCAAAAAGAGCAUGA